AUGCAUGCUCUGGCUGCUCGUCGGCCGCCUUUAUCGCUUCCGACCGAGGCGGGGAUGCUCUCCUACAGCGAUCUGCUACACCUGGCCACUCAGACCUUUGGGCAGGAACGGAUGCAGGAGUUGCUCCGCUACCUUGCACGCCUGCAACCCUGUCUCCCUCGCAGCCUUGAUACGCACAUGCCCUUCCCCUACGGUGAGCUGGACGCGCGGGCCCCGCGCGCUGAGAUCCUGUCAUGGCAUCUGCUACAAGACGCUCAAUCACCGCUCUGGAAUGCUGUACGCACAGCGGUUCGAGCUCUGAUAUGGCGACCAGGUCGCCAGCGCUUCUCUGAUGGCAAAGCUAACAAUGUCACCUUCGGCGCCUUUGCACGAGGACCUGUCGGACUUUGUGCGGACACAGUUCGGCAUGGAUCUUUUUGUCGCUUGCUCAACCGUCUGAUCGAGCACAUCUGCCCGGAACACAAAUGGACUACCUUCUCAUUGAACUACAACGUUCGUACACCUCCACGUCGAGAUCAGUCCAACUCCAAGACGGGCACGUUGUUGCUCAGCCUUUCUCAUCACGAUGAAGGUUCGGUUUGGGUGGAAUCCUGGCAUGGCACUGACUACGAGGAAACUGAUUUUGGUCUACUGAGUGGCCGCCCAUUUAGCUUGGCCUUUCAGGCACUCAUUUUCCCAGCUCACAAUCAUGUUCACUGCACUCGCGGUUGGAGCCUGACAGAUCGAGUUACGCUAGCGGCAUACUGUAUAUCUGACCCUUGCCGGCUGCCGAGUGCGCAUAAAGCCACUCUCGGUGAUCUCGGCUUCCAUCUUCCGUAG